AGGUACUGGGACCAAGGCAUUCUGUGCCGGUGGAGACGUUCGAUCAGUGGUGGACGUCGCUACAGCAAAGGACACAUUAGCACAAUCCUUCUUUCGGGAAGAGUACCAGUUAAACCAUCUCAUAGGUACCUUGUCGAAACCCUUCAUAGCACUACUGGAUGGGAUAACAAUGGGUGGCGGAGUUGGGCUUUCCGUUCAUGG